GCUUUAUUUACAAAAUUUCUUAGGGUUUAUAAACUUAUAUCUAUAUAAGCAUACAUAUGUUAAUUCAUUUUUUAGAUUUCUGAAAAGUUCGAUAUUUGAAUUUUUUCUUCUAAAUAACUAAAAUUAGUGCAUUUUUAGAAGUAUUUCAGAUAAUUGGUGUGAUGAAAAAUACUGUAUUGCUUGCAAAAUAAAUCAAGUCUAUAGAGGUUUCAAAAAAAAAGUCAACACACUUUGAUCCUUUAAUUUCGAAUUAAUAUUAUAUGCAUAAGGAAUGUCUAGCACCAAUGAAUUUUAUUCAAUUCAAUAAAGGGCAAAUAAAAUGAGUCUUUUGGUUUUGAAAAUGAAAAUCAAAGCCGAUUUUUAUGUUUGGUUCACUGUUUUCAUGACAUCCUAAAAAUUUAUUGAUACCUUAUACUUAUUGGAAAAGGGAAACCCAUUUUUUCAUCAUUUUUUACUAUUUCCUUUAUUUUCUUCUUCUCGUAGACAGUAAACGUAGUUUAAUUUAGGUAUGGUAAAGAAGCGCAAAUUUGGUAUCCUUUUGCAGAACAAUAGUCAUCAGAGGAAACUUCAUACACCGCAGCAAAAGCUACACCAAUUGCAAUAUUUUCAUGAAAAGUUUCAAAUCCUUCGUACCACUCAGGGAAAUCAGUACAUGUUUCGGAAGUUUGAGGUUGCUCGGACGUUUAUGGUGCUGGGCUUCACCAUGAUAUUAAUUUACAUCAUGCAAAUGAACUAUGGUUGGGUUUUGGGUAGCCUUUGGAUGAUAUUACUGUGGAUGUUUGGGUUCUUUCAGUUUUCGAGUUUAAUUAUCCAUUGGGUAUGGCGGUCGUCCGAGGUGGUAUUAUACACCGAUGCACUACGGCGCGCAGAUAUUAUGAUGGAGCCGAUAACGAAGAAAAACACAACUUCCGGUGAGAAUGAAACGCUGUCCUUUGGUAGUAGCUGCAUGCAAGGGUGGCGUCGCUCGAUGGAGGACUCCCACACCCUUAUGCUUUUAGAAGACGGCGGCUUUUUUGGGAUCUAUGAUGGCCACAGCGGGCCCUCCACCUCGAAGUUCUGCGGUGAGCGGAUGUACGAGUUCGUCUCUCGAACACACGCGUUUCUGAGCGGCAACAUCGAGAAGGCCCUCUACGACGGCUUCAUGGAGGUCGACCGCUACCUGCACACCAGCGGGGAGGCCUACCGCAGUGGGAGCACAGCCGUGGUGCUUUACGUGAAAGGGGAUGAGGUCUACUGCGCGAACGCCGGGGACAGCCGUUGUGUGCUGUGCAAAGACAGCGAGGCCUACCCGUUGAGUCUGGACCACAAACCCUUCAACCCGAUCGAGCAAAUCCGCAUCGAGCGGGCCGGGGGGUUUGUCAUGAACCGCCGUGUGAACGGCGCCCUGGCCUUAAGUCGGGCCAUCGGCGACUUCAGUUUUAAGCGAAAUUCUCAGGUUUCGUGGGAUCAGCAAGCCGUGACGAGCGCCCCGGAGGUUCGUACGCACCAUCUGAAUCGGGACCGAGACGAAUUCGCCGUUAUCGCAUGUGAUGGGAUUUGGGAUGUCAUGUCAAAUGAGCAAGUGAUCGACUUUGUACGCUCGUUUAUUCAGAUGCGGAAAUCACUCGGGGAGAUCGCCGAGAUGCUGAUCGACCAGUGUCUUUCGCCGUACCCGUUUGGAAUGGGCUGCGAUAACAUGUCUGUUGUUAUUAUUAAGUUUAAACGUAGGCCACUAGGUCAGUCGUUGUGUACAGAUUCGAGUCCUAGGUUACCCAAAUUGGCUCUAGCGACGACGUCUUCUAUCUCUGAGGUUUCUAGAAUGGACUUGCCAACAUAG